GAAGAUGAUGAAUGCCGUUUUUGCUUGAGAAUUAAAAGGUGACCAGUUUGGUAAUGGAACUUCUACUAUGGCUGGCCACUCUUACCCACCACCACAGCCAGCAGAAUACCACAUGCUUGACUCUGCCCAGUCUUGGCCUGCAUCACAAUUUGCUUUGGCUUCUCAAUAUUCACCAUAUCCUGACAAUAAUCUUCAACCUAUUCCGGGCCACGGACAAGUUUUUACUGGGUAUGGAAAUCAAUACCCAUGUCAAUAUCUCCCAGGACAAGGUGGUGAUAGGUUGAUGAGGCUGGGUUCUUCAGCUACCAAAGAAGCAAGGAAGAAAAGGAUGGCUAGACAAAAAAGGUUUUUAUCACAUCACAGGAAUCACAAUCACCACAGUAAUCAACCAAACCAGCACCAAAAUCAGGGUGCAGACGAACAUGCAAGGCUUGGAAAUGAUAAUGGUGUGCCAGCAACACCUCAAGCUAACCACCCUGGGAAUUGGGUUUAUUGGCCCACAGCUCCACCAACCCAUGGUGCUGUUUCAGCCGCGCCAGUCCUCCCAGUGCGUACUGCAGAUCGGCCCGCAAUGCAAACAGCACAGAAUCAGAGGCAGCAAGCAGCAUCAGAUAAGCGACAAGGUUGGAAACCUGAGAAAAACCUGAGGUUUUUACUUCAGAAAGUGUUGAAGCAGAGCGACGUGGGUAAUCUAGGAAGAAUAGUGUUGCCAAAGAAAGAAGCAGAAACCCAUCUUCCAGAAUUGGAGGCAAGAGAUGGAAUUUCUAUUGCAAUGGAAGAUAUAGGGACUUCUCGUGUAUGGAACAUGCGCUAUAGUUUCAGAUUCUGGCCCAACAACAAAAGCAGAUGUAUCUCCUGGAAACACUGGAGACUUUGUGAGAACAAAUGGACUCCAAGAAGAGAUUCAUAGUCAUAUAC